AUGAGUCAAUACAAUCAUUUUGUAAUCAAUAGAAAUGGAGGUAGUAGUGGGAGAGUUCCCCCCAAUUCAUAUUCACCUUCUCAAAUUCACCGUCAAGAUAGUGGCACACUUUCUGAAUUGUCAAAUUCGGACGAAAAAAAACCUCUUCCAAAUAAACCACAUGCUUCACCAAUGACAAGUUCAUUUCUGAAAGUUCCUAUUAUGGACGAUCAAAUCGAAGAACUUUUAGAUAUUUCUAAACCUUCCAACCUAAGUGAAUUAAAAAAAUUAGCAGAGAACCAUCCAACUCAGUGGAGUCCAAAAAGUUUAAUAAGUGCACUUGAAAGACUUUCUGACACGUCCUCAUACAGUUACACCGUUAAAGAGACUUUUAUAAUAUUUGAAUUACAUCUAAGGACUUUCGCUUCGGUACUUGAGGUGUUUUGUCAAAAUCCAAUUAUCCUGAACCGCAAUUUAAGACAGAGGCUUUACGAUUCACUAACCGAAUUUAACGACAUACACCACAAUAUAUCUUCUGCAAUGGAGCAUGGGUUGCAUAAAACCUGGAAAGGAAAAUUACAACAUUUAAAUGUAGUUGACAUUGAACUCGAUCUCCCAACCGGUUGCGUUCAACGUAAUUACAACAUUGAUUUUCUAUUGAUUCACCUUCGAGACACCAUUCAUAGUUUGAGCGAUGACGAAACGAAAUUUCGGGAAGGUUGGAGAAGGGUUAAAGAAUUCUUUAAGGGCGUUUUGGGUCUAGCAUCUGGAAUCGGUGUUGUCGUGGGAGUUCCAAGCUUUAUUGACAACGCAAAUGCAUUAACCACGUGGGGAAAGAUGAGAGAUGCAUUCGGAUUCAAGGUCCCACUUUCAAAUGGUUACAAAGACUGGAGACUCUUGCUGAUGCUGAAGCAUACGUUAGAUACUGAAGCUAAUAGUCAGCGUCUCAAGAAAUUCGGAGAAAGGAUGCUUCUCGAAUAUCUCUGCCUUGAGCACCGAAAAAGGGAUUGGUUCGGUAUCGUGAAAGUGGACUUGGAUGAAUACGCCCAGCACAUUGAAAAGAAGGCGAAGUUUGCAACACUUGUAGAUUUUGUCAAGUACAAACUCGCUAUUUCUUUUCAAUUAAGGAUGAAUUCUCGAAAACCUAGCCUAAAAGCCGCUGACCUUCAAGAUGAUUUUCCGGCUUUUACGGACCAAGGAGAUAAUCCAAUACUUAAUUUGGUUGCGGAAGAAUUAUUAUGUCCGAUAAUGCUGCAGAUUAGCGACGCAUAUUAUGCGUUGAAUUGUGGUCACUUUAUGUCAAAAAAGGCCUUCGAGAUUUAUACGAAGGUUCAGAAUUCGAAAGGAAGGCCGGUGACAUGUUCUAUUUGUCGAAUGGUCAUCGUUGAAGAGAGUAUAACAUUACUUCCACAAUCAUCAACAUUGGGAGCAUUAUCUGAGCGACUCAAUGCUGCAGGACUUAUGCCACAAGAGAAUAUUGCAUCCGAAUAUGAUAUUAUGUCCGUGAUUAGCGUAGUUAGUGAGGAGAUUAAAAAACCUCCAAAUAGUAUGGAGGACGUAAUUUCGAAACAUUUUGUGGGUUCCACAGACCCACCGGAUCGUUUGCAGUACGUAAGGGAUAGUUAUAAAAAGAAUCCUCACACUGCUCUCCUAAUCUUAGACAAACUCCUGAUGUCUGAGAGGAAUGAUCCUUGUGUACUAUUAGAGCGCGCAAAGGUACAUAUGUUCCUUAAACGGUUCGGGGAGGCCUUGCUUGAUUUGACAACCGCCCUUCAAUACGACAAUCACAACAUGCAAUCUUAUUUGCUUAGAUCGCAAAUAAACUUUCAAUUGAAAAAAUUUAAGGAAUCUCUUAAUGAUAUAAAUAUUUAUAUCAACCGGAUCGAAAGUUCAAAAACUGGAGAGGAAAAUUUCCAGCUUUGUCAAAGGGAUUUAGACGCUUAUGAGUUAAGGGGAAACAUUCAUAAAGAAUUAGGCUCCAUACAAAAGGGUAUAUUUGACUUCAGUGUGGUGUUGGAAAAUGAUAAAUCCAACAUCAAGGUUCUGACUAGUAGAGGAUCCCUCUUUCGAGAACUUCGUAAGUAUAAUGAAGCUUUGGAAGAUUUGACGCAGGCUAUUCGGUGUAACCCGAAUAAUCUAUUCGCUCUCUCACAGCGGGGGUCCGUAUUUUGCAAAUGUGAUCGAUUGUCAGAAUCUUUGGACGAUUUAAAUCACGUGCUGGAUAAUACAUCAAAUGAAGAGGAGAAGUUAUGGUGUUUGGCCGAGCGUGGAGAUGUUUUCCGUAAACAAAACAAAUAUUACGAGGCUCUAUGUGAUCUGGAUUAUGUGCUGGAACAGCAACCCAAAAACAUCUUUGCUUUAAGUAGGAGAGGAUGCACCCACUUCAUGUUAAAAAAAUACGACGCGAGCCUUCAGGAUUUGAAUACCGUCUUGAAAUUGGAUAAGCACAAUUAUUUCUCCCUACUCUAUAGAGGGAUGAUGUAUGCUAAUAUGGGUGACCAUUCGAAUAGUUUGAGGGACUUUAACACGGUAUUAAAUCGAUUUCCUGAAAAUCUGGUCGCGAUUCGUCAACGAGGAAUUUUGCAAUUUGCUGCAAAGAGAUAUGAAGAAAGUCUUUGUGACUUUAAUAAAUUGAUCCAAUUAAAUAAGGGGGACGUGAGAGCGCUCUGUUACAGAGCAGACAUCCUUUGUGAACUUGGAGCGUAUAAAGAUUGCCUUGAGGACUGCAACACGGCUCUGAAGUAUGAUUUGACAAAUUUUCAUGGUCUCAGAGUAAGGGGGAAAGCGCUACGAAGAUGCGGACAAAAUAACAAAGCUCUCAUUGAUUUGGAUAAAGUUCUUGUACAACAACCUGAAGAUUUGAUUGCUCUCAAUCAAAGAGCUGCUGUCCUAACCUCAAUGAAAAAGUUUAACGAGGCUCUCAAGGAUUGUGAAAAGAUAUUAAUUUUAAAUAAACGAGAAGACAUUUCGUCUUUUCAAGAGAGGAUGAAGGUCUACGAUGACCUAUCUGAAGCUCUUGGGGUGGAUGAAAUUUUAAUUCAUCUGGGGCGCAUACUUCAAGAUUCUCCAAAAAAUCCUCUCGGAUUAACAACCCGGGCGUAUAUUUAUCUGCUCAAGUGGGAUUGCGACAAGGCCAUUGAGGAUUUGAAUUUUACCCUUAAACAUAAACCCAAUUAUAUAUUAUGUUUAUAUCAGCGAGCAAAAAUCCAUAGAAUGACAAAGGACUACAAUUACUCAUUAAAGGAUUUAAAGAGGAUCCUAGAGUUAGAACCGGAGAAUAAUUUUGCUCAGACCGAGAAGAAUGAAAUCGAAAGCAUGAAGGAUUUCGAUCAACCAAAUCAUCAUAAUCAAACCUCGUCCAAUCAAAGUCAAACUGGUACUUCACGACGGUCAUCAGAGUCGUCACUCUCUUCUAGUACUUCCGCCUCAGCUUCCUCUUUCAGGUCAAGCGGUGCUCAAAAUCGAUAA